AUGGUAAUUUCUUGUAUGUUUUAUUUAUCUAUCAUUUAUCUUUUCUCAUAUCUAAUUGUAUUAACAUCUGGAAACGAAAAUAAAACAUUACAUGUAUUUACAGCUAAUAUUAAAUAUGGGAACAAUGAUAAAUUUAUUUUAUAUUAUAAUUUAACAACAAAUUAUUCAUAUUAUCUUACAUUUCGUUUAUUUGAACAUCAACAAAUAAAAUUUGGUUUAUAUGCACCAACAUAUCAAUAUCAACAAAAUUCAAUUGAAAUUUUUAAUCAAUAUAAUAAUACAUCAAGAGAAUUAUAUUAUUUAUUUAUUAUUUGUUUUUAUUUUAUUCAUCCAUUAAAUGAUAUUGAUAUAGAAUGUAAAGAUAUACGUUUAUUAAAAAAUAAAGAAUCAAACUCUCAUCAUGAAUAUCAUCCAUCAUAUAAACCAUUAUUUGUAAUAUUAAUGUAUGCAUUAAGUAUAUUAAUGCUUUUGCCUGUUAUUAUUCAACAUCGUCGUCGUAAAAUUGCAUUAUUAAUUGAAAGACGAAAACAAUUAAAACGUUUAUCUAUGAGUAUAAGUCCAGAUAAUCCAAAUAUUUUAUCACAAAUUGUAGAAAAUGGAAAGAUAGAUUUAACAAAAUUACCAUUACAAAUUGAACGUAUUUCAUUACCAUCAACAAAAACAUUUAUUGAUGAUAUGGAUGAUAAUGAUAAUCUUACAUUUACAGUACAAAACCGUGAAUCAUCUAUUCCUAGAUGUGAUGAUGAAUCUGAUGUUACAGUUGAUGUUUGUAUUGCUCAUCUAUUAAAUCAAACACCAUGGAAUUCAUCUUUAACUCAACAACCAUGUAAAAGUAUUCUACGAAAAAGAAAUUCUUCAGAAAUAAUUGAAGAGCAACGCAUUCCAAUGAUAACAUCAACGCAUGCUAAUGAUGAUCAACAAACUAUCUUAAAACCAAAUGUACUCUGCGCUAAAAAUUCCUUUAAUGUAAAUCCAAUUUUAAAUCAGUCGGGUGUAUAG